UCUGGGUCCCUGGGAGGAGGCUCAGCACAGAGGGUAGAAAAACAGCAGAGCUGACAGUCAGAGCAGCUGUGAUCAAAGCGUUCCUGGAGCCCAGGCUCUUCUACACAGGUGAAGACAGAGCAGGCAGCAGACACCAUGGGGCACCUCUCAGCCAGACUUCACAGAGUGUGUGUCCCCUGGCAGGGGCUUCUGCUCACAGCCUCACUUCUAACCUUCUGGAACCUGCCUACCAGUGCCCAGCUCACUACUGAAUCCAUGCCAUCCAAUGCUGCAGAGGGGAAAGAGGUUCUUCUACUCACCUACAAUGUGCCCCAGAAUACGAAUGGCUUCAACUGGUACAAAGGGGAAAGAGUGGACAGCACCGUUCGAAUUAUAGGAUAUGUGAUAGCAAGUCAACUAACCACCCCAGGGCCCGCAUACAGCGGCCGAGAGGUAAUAUACUCCAAUGCCUCCCUGCUGAUCCGGAACGUCACCCUGAAUGACACAGGAUUCUACACCCUGCAAGUCAUAAAGGCAGAUCUUGUGAAUGAAGAAGCAACUGUCCAGUUCCAUGUAUACCCGGAGCUGUCCAAGCCCUACAUCAACAGCAGCAACUCCAACCCCGUGGAGGACGAGGAUGUUGUGGCCUUAACCUGUGAAACUGAGGCUCAGAACACAAACUACUUGUGGUGGGUGAACAAUCAGAGCCUCCCGGUCAGUUCCAGGCUGUUGCUCUCCAAUGACAACAGGACCCUUACUCUACUCAACGUCACAAGGAAUGACACAGGACCCUAUGAGUGUGAAAUACAGAACCCAGUGAGUGUGAACCGCAGUGACCCAGUCACACUGAAUGUCACCUAUGGCCCGGACACCCCCACCAUUUCCCCUUCAAAAACCUCUUACUAUCCAGGGGCAAAUCUCAGCCUCUUCUGCGAUGCAGCCUCUAACCCACCUGCAGAGUACUCUUGGCUUAUCAAUGGAACAUCACUCCAGAAAAACACACAAGAGCUCUUUAUCUCCAACAUCACUGUGGAUGACAGUGGAUCCUAUGCCUGCGUCGCCCUUAACCCAGUCACUGGCCGAAACAGGACCACAGUCAAGACAAUCAUAGUCUCUAAACUAAAUCAAGUGGCACAGCCUGAAGUUCAAGCCACCAGCACCACAGUCACGGAAGACAAGGACUCUGUGAACCUGACCUGCUCCACGAAUGACACUGAAAUCUCCAUCAAGUGGUUCUUUAAUAACCAGAAUAUCUUAUCCUCAGAGAGGAUAAAGCUAUUCCAGGACAACAGAACCCUCAGAAUAGACCCUGUCAAGAGGGAGGAUGCUGGGCAGUAUUAUUGUGAGGUCUCUAACCCAAUCAGUGUCAACCAAAGUGACCCUAUAAGGCUGACCGUGAAAUAUAUGGAAAGUUCUGGCCUCUCAGGGGGGGCCAUUGCUGGCAUUGUGAUUGGAGUACUGGCAGGGGUGGCUCUGAUAGCAGGCCUAGUGGUGUAUUUUCAGCAUUCCAGGAAGACUGGCAGGGCAAGCGACCAACGUGAUCUCACAGAGCACAAACUCUCAGACUCCAACCACACUCAGGACCACUCUGACAACUCUCCUAACAAGAUGAAGGAAGUUACUUACUCUUCCCUGAACUUCACAGCCCAGCAACCCAGACAACCAACGUCAGCCUCCUCAUCCCCAACAACCACAGACAUAAUUUAUUCAGAAGUAAAAAAGAAGUAAUGCAACCUGUCCUGCUCACUGCAUGCUGAUGUAUUCCAAGUCUCUUACCCUCAUCACCAGGAGAUUCCCUUCCCCUCUGGGAGUGGUAGGGAGGCUGGGGACAGAAAGAAGUGUCCCCGACUCUUCCUUACUAAUAGGCACCUCCAGGCUGCCUGGUCACAGCCCCUCCCUCAGUGUCGAUAGAUGAGAAGGUACAUUGGGAGUCUGUAGGAAACGAAACCUUCUUGUCAUUGAAAUUUGGCAAAGCUGACUUUGAUAAAGAGUGGCCAGAACUUCCCCUGCCUUCCCCUUUUCCAAACCUGGACUUGUUUUAAACUUACCUAUUCAGAGCACUCAUUCCUUCCCACCCCAGUCCUGUCCUAUCACUGUAAUUUGGGUUUGCCAUAGCUUUGAGGUUCCAUCCUUUUCCAUGAAGUACAUGUGCCAGCAAACAAGAGAGAGAGAAAGUAAAAGCAGUAAUGGCUUCUCCCAUUUCUCCAAAGCCCUGUGUGAACUCACCAAACACAAGAAAACCAAAUCUGUAACAAUAGUGAAAUUCCACACCUUUGUCCACUGUCAGGGUUUCUACCUGUAGGAUCAGAGUCUAAGCACCUUGCUGCUUAGCUAGAAUGCCACCUAAUCCUUCUGGCAAGCCUGUCUUCUGGGAAUCCACUAGAAGCAACUAGGAAAACCACUUGCCAAACUCCAAGGCAAUUCCUGGUGGCAAAUGCAAAAGCGCAGAUAUGUUUUAUUAUCUUUAUGGGCUUUAUUCAAGGAAGUGCUGAGAGAGGGAGGGGUUAUAGCUCUAGGAGGGAACGAGCUUCUGAUAAACACAAUCUGCUAGGAACUUGGGAAAGGAAUCAGAGACCUGCCCUUCAGAGAUUAUUUAAAUUACUGUUAAAGAAUACACAAUUUGGGGUAUUAGGGUUUUUUUCCUUUUCUCUGAGACAUUCCACUGUUUUAAUUUUUAUAACUGUUUAUGUGAAAAGGAUUAUUUUUACUUAGCUUAGCUAUGUAGGCCAAUCUGAUUGCCUUAGGUGAAAGAAGCCACCAAAAUCCCUCAGGUCCCUUGGUCAGGAGUUUCUCAAGGUUUUUUGUCAGAGGCUCCAAAUAGAAAAUAAGAAAAGGUUUUCCUCAUUCAUAAUUAGAACUAGAUUUAACUCAGUUUCUAGGUACCUCAGACCAAUCAUCAACUCCCAUUCUAUUCCAUGUUUGCACCUGUGCAUUUUCUGUCUGUCUCCACUCACUUUCUCAGGAAACCUUGGACUCUGCUAAGGUGUAUUUGGUCCUUGAGAAGUGGGAACACCCUACAGGGACACUAUCACUCAUGCUGGUGGCAUUGUUUACAACUAGAAAGCUGCAUUGGUGCUGAUGCCCCUUGGGGGAACAGGGCUGUGAGGAGGAGGUUUAUAACUUGAGCCUAGCCUUUUUUAACAGCCUUUGAAAUUUAUUUUCUCCUACGGGGUCUAUAAAUAAAAAGGAAGGAUAGGAGGAAGACAGGCAAAUGUACUUCUCGCCCAGUCUUCUACACAGAUGGAAUGUCUCUGGGGCUAAGAGAAAGGUUUUAUUCUAUAUUGCCUACCUGAUCUCAUGGCAGGCCUAAGAGACUUUUUCAAAGAGGAUUGGCUCAGAGUGCUGUAUACUCAGGUACCUCUUUCGGGGUUUUCUAACCCUGACACAGACUGUGCAUACUUUCCUCAUCCAUGCUCUGCUGUUAUUUAAUUUUGUCUGGCUAAGACUAUGUCUGAAUUAUAUAUAAAAAUUGUUCUAUGUUUAUAAUAAAAAUAAUAUAUCAGACAUCAA